GUACGAGAGCUGUGACGACCUCACGACCGCGCACAGUGAAGUGCCGAGAAGAACUUUCAGAGCGCAUCAUCAACCCUCUCGACUAUGUCACGCAGGACAUGGCCUCUUUCGGGAAGAUUCUCUUCAACGUGGUCAGUGCGCAGGAGAAGGGGCUGAAGGAGGCCUCGAAGAAGAUCGCCAUGGCCAUGGGGCAAUUCAACUCGCGGAGUGCGCUUCAAAAGGGGCCCUUCGAGAUGCCGACGCAGAGGACAGGAGAGGAUGAGGAGCCCUGGGACCCACAGCAGGAGCUCGUAGCGGAGCUGGCAGCGAUGGCGACCCAUGCCAUUCGCAAGGCUUCAGGAACAGCGACGCAGAGCGACGCGAGCGGUGAGAGGGAGCUCGAUGCCAACUAG